GGAGCGGAAACGCAGACCCAAAGACGGCAACGCUGCUCAGCCAUGGGUGGUCCGGGAGGGAAGAUCAACCGGCCCCGAACGGAGCUGAAGAAGAAACUGUUCAAGCGACGGCGGGUGUUGACUCGGGAGCGGAGGCUGAAGCACCGAGUGGUCGGGGCUGUGAUAGACGAAGGGCUGAUCACGAAGCACCACCUGAAGAAGCGGGCGUCCAGCGCACGUGCCAACAUUACUCUGUCCGGGAAGAAGCGCAGAAAACUCCUCCAGCAGAUCCGUCUUUCCCAGAAAGAGAAAGCAGCCAUGGAAGUGGAAAUCUCUGCAAAGCCAGCCAGGACUAGUGAACCACAGCCCAAAUCUCAAAAGAAGACCAAAGCCCCCCAGGAUGUAGACAUGGAGGACCUUGAAGAAGGGAGCUGAAUCUUACCCCUUGCACCAGAAGAUUCUCAGCCGGAGCCAGGAGGACUCAGUGGUUGUUUCAGAACAGUUUUGAGUAAACAUUGCACGUUUUCGCUCGCCCCAGACUCCUUUUCAUAAUGGCCUAGUGACCUGCUAUGGAAGGAGGUGUUGAGAGAAGAGUGGAAAAGAAAGAUCAGAGAGAGGGCUUCUUAGUAGUCAGCGUUGUUUGAAAUAAAGCCCUCGAGUUCUCGCUGA